CAAUGACUAAACAUCGCCAGAACGUGCACAAUCGAGGCUAACAUGAAUGUCAAACCGCUCUUACCAGUCGGAACCGCCCAUCCUUUUACGUCGACUAUUGCCUUAUUGGCUGUUCUCAUCGGUCUCUAUACGUUUUACUACCGGAAAAUACAUCCUUUAGCCAGUUUUCCCGGCCCCUUUCUCGCGUCACUUACCAACUUCUGGAGACUCCGGGAGCUAUGGAACUUGCACCUACCAGAGACUCUCGUCGUAUUGCACGAGAAAUAUGGGGAUGUAGUCCGCGUUGGCCCCAACAUGCUUUCUUUCAGACAAGGGAGCGCGGUACCCAGGAUUUACAAGGCCGGCCGGACUUUGGCCAAGACAGCUUUCUAUGAUGGUUUCACAUCCUUCAAUCCUAAUCUGUUUGGAACUCAAGAUGAAGAGGUGCACUCAAUGCGGCGACGGCAGAUGGCGCACGCGUUCUCUCUACAGUCGAUCAAAGAAAUGGAACAGCACAUCGACGGGCACAUGCUUCAAUUCCGCAAAAACCUCGACGAGUACUCCCGAACAGGCCAAGUUUUCGAUCUCAAGGAACUGAUAGCGUUCUUUGUUCUCGAUGUUCUGGGAGACCUCGCUUUCCGCUGUCAAUUCGACUCGCAGAUCGAAAAGGACAUUUCAAAGUUGCCUCCCAUCAACGACCACAUUUUUCUUGCUUGCCUGAUGGGCAUGAUCCCUGACUUUAUGCCGCUCAUCAAAGCUGUCGCCCCCCGGAUUCCGAUUACAUGGCUGCAACAGCUUCUCGCGGCUAGACAAAACCUCAAGAAUCUCACGGCGGAGUGCGUGAGAAACCGAUUAGCAGACACUGGUGCUGCUCGAAAAGACCUCAUUACUAGCCUGAUCAACUCCGUAGACCCGGAGACAGGCUCCAAGCUCUCAGAGCUAGACAUACAAACAGAGGCAUUUGCGUUCAUUGUUGCUGGCUCCCAUACGACGUCCGGAACCCUUACUCUUCUCUUUUCUCACAUUCUUCAAAACCCGGUUGUACAUACCAAAGUGGUAGAGGAGGUCGAUACAGCUGUUGAUGAUGUUGGCUCGGCCAUUGUGUCUAUCAAAGACCUUGAAACAAAGCUUCCAUACGUCAUGGCAUGUCUAGAUGAAAACUUCCGGAUGAACUCUGUUUUCACUAUGCCUUUGGAGCGAGAGGUGACUGCCAAGGAAGGCUUUGAAAUUGAGGGUCACGUAAUUCCCCAGGGCACCGGUCUGUUCAGCCUGAACCACGUCGUUCAUCACAAUCCUGCCAUCUGGGGAAAAGAUCACGAUAUGUUUAACCCCUCCAGAUUCUACGAUCAAGAAGGGGAGAAGCUCCAGCGUUUCCUCAGCCCAUUUAGCAUGGGUCAUCGCAUGUGUAUCGGACGAAAUAUGGCCAUGACAAACAUGCUCAAGCUCGUUGCGACAACGUUCAAAUGUUAUGAACUUGAGAUGGUGGAGCCGAUGCAAGCCAUCUCAACUAUCAGCGUUGGAAUAUCCGAGAAGGAAGGCCCGUUGCUGUGUCGCGUCCGUAGAAGAUAG